CGUACUUUUUUAUAUUCAGAUAAUAAGAGAAAAAUGGAUGAAACCGAUGCAUCAUCAGCAGUGAAAGUGAAACGAGCAGUACAGAAGACUUCAGAUUUAAUAGUGUUGGGUCUUCCCUGGAAAACCACUGAACAAGACUUAAAGGAAUAUUUCAGUACCUUUGGAGAAGUUCUGAUGGUGCAGGUUAAGAAAGAUAUUAAAACAGGCCACUCAAAAGGUUUUGGGUUUGUUCGGUUCACGGAUUACGAAACCCAAGUGAAAGUAAUGUCUCAGCGGCACAUGAUCGAUGGAAGAUGGUGUGACUGUAAACUUCCCAACUCUAAGCAAAGUCCUGAUGAGCCUUUGUGCAGCAGGAAGGUGUUUGUUGGAUGCUGCACCGAGGACAUGACGGCAGAUGAACUUUGA